CCGGUCUACCCGCGUUAACGCCGCCCCGGUUCGGCCUUAUGAUCGAUCUCCGUUGAGACUAUGAGAGUACACCGCGUGCAGACGUAACGUCGCCAUACAUUGAGAUAAGCAUUUUCGGACAUCUUCUAGCGUAUGAAAGAGUAAAUCAUUCAGUAAGAGGCAAUUAUAUAAGAGAACAUCCUGUCGCACCUGGUUUUACAGCAUCCGAAUCCAAGUUCCUACUGCAUUUACCAAGCUUCUAAAAAAAAAAAAAACCUCAGUUACAAGCCAACAUUAUGUCACUUACGGGCAAAGUCAUUCUCAUCACCGGAGCAUCGGCCGGAAUAGGAAAGGCUGUGGCACAGCGCGUGGCUAAGAACGGCGCCAGCGUUAUCAUCAAUUACCUACGAGAUGCCACAUCUGCGAAUGCCUUAGUCGACGAGAUCGGCUCAGACCGAGCUCUCGCCGUGCAAGCCGAUGUUUCAAAAACCGACGAUAUCCACCGUCUAGUCGAGACGACAGUGACUAAAUUCGGGCACAUCGACGUGGUCAUUCCGAAUGCCGGCGUCCUCCCCAUGAAUGACCUCGAUAGCACCACGGAGGCCGAUUUCGACGCCGCAUUCGCGCUCAACGUGAAGGGACCGUACUUCCUGGCCCAGGAAGCAGCACGUCAUAUGCCAGCUGGAGGCCGCAUCAUCUUCGUUUCGACAGCUGUUACAUCCUUCUCCACGGCGGCGCCUGCUUACCUCCUGUACGCAGCGACGAAAGGCGCAAUCGAGCAAAUGACGAGACUCGCGGCUAAAGAUCUCGGGCGGAAAGGGAUCAUGGUCAAUGCCGUGGCCCCCGGGCCGACGCAGACCGAAUUGUUUCUGAAGGGGAAGUCAGAGGAGACAUUGCGACUAGUGGCUAGCGCAAAUCCGUUCAAGCGUGUCGCUGUGCCGGAGGAGAUCACGGGGGCCUUCAAUUUCCUUUGCGGACCCGACAGCUCUUGGAUUUCGGGGGAAGUGAUUCGAGUGGAUGGCGCGAUGGCAUUGCAUUGAGAUGGGUGAAUAGACAGAUUGAAACGAAUGAUGGAAUCAGAAUGAGAAUAGUAUCUUCUUGAAAAAAUCAUUUGAACAUCGAUAGUAGCGAUAACCGAUAACCGAUAACAUGAAGUACUCCGUCG